CUGAUCCAAUAUCAGAGACAGAAGAUAUUCUUUUUUUAUGAUCAAUCAAUACAUCUUUGUCUCUGUUUUUCGUAUUGUGAUCUGUGAUUUGUAAAGAAUUUCAAACAAUUUCUAGUGAUGGCGACUUUGACGAUGGUUCAAAUGAACAAAAACACAGAAUCUUCGGAAACAAAUAAUGAAAAUGAAAAUGGCCAGAAAAAAUUAGAAUUGGAUACAUAUUUUCAAUCUGAAAUCGAUAUACCUGAAUGUUUGGAUAAUGAUUAUUCAUUCAAAUGGAAACGUUUAUGGGCAUUUACCGGACCAGGUUUAUUAAUGUCGAUUGCAUAUCUUGAUCCGGGAAAUAUUGAAUCCGAUAUGCAAUGUGGUGUUAUUGCUGGUUAUAAAUUAUUAUGGAUACUGUUAUGGUCAACAUUAUUAGGUUUAUUAAUACAAAUAUUAUCAGCUAGAAUCGGUAUUGUAACUGGUAAACAUUUAGCUGAAUUAUGUUAUAAUCGUUAUCAUCGUAUACCAAGAUUAUUAUUAUGGAUAAUGACUGAAAUUGCUAUUAUUGGUUCGGAUAUGCAAGAAGUUAUUGGUACUUCAUUAGCACUUUAUAUGCUGACAAAUCGUUGGUUACCAUUAUGGGCCGGUGUUCUUAUAACAAUAUUCGAUACGUUUUCAUUUUUAUUUUUGGAUAAAUUUGGUGUAAGAAAAUUGGAAUCAUUUUUUGGUUUUUUAAUUGCAAUCAUGGCCGUUACAUUUGGAUAUGAAUUUUUUGUCGUACAACCGGAUAUUAAAGAUAUUGUCAUUGGUUCAGCAUUACCAUAUUGUAGUGGUUGCAAUAAAAAAGCAUUAUUACAAGCAGUUGGAAUUAUCGGUGCAAUUAUACAGCCACAUAAUCUUUAUUUACAUUCAGCAUUAGUAAAAUCACGUCGUGUAAAUAAUAAAAAAAGUUUAGAAACAAAAGAUGCAAAUCGUUAUGUUUCAAUUGAAUCGGCUAUCGUUCUAUUUAUAUCAUUAUUAAUCAAUAUGGCUGUUAUAUCGGUUUUUGCUAAAGGUUUGUUUGGUAAAACAAAUCAUGAUGUUUAUGAAAUUUGUGAACAACAACAAUCAUCAAAAAAAUUUAUCGAUAUGAAUGUAUUGAAAAAUGAUAAUCAAACAUUUGAUGCUGAUCUUUAUCAAGCUGGUAUAUAUCUUGGUUGUGAAUUUGGUUCAUUACCAUUUUAUAUUUGGGCAAUCGGUAUAUUGGCUGCCGGACAAUCAUCAACAAUGACCGGUACAUAUGCCGGGCAAUUUUCAAUGGAAGGUUUUCUUAAUCUUAAAUGGCCACGUUGGAAACGUGUACUAUUAACACGUAGUAUUGCAAUUGCACCAACAUUUUUUGUUACAAUAUUUUCCGAUGUACAAAGUUUAACCGGUAUGAAUGAUUAUCUAAAUGCAUUAAUGGUUAUACAAUUACCAUUUGCCGUACUGCCAACAUUAACAUUUUCAUCAUCAACAUUAGUAAUGGGAAAAUUUGUUAAUAAUUUUUUCAAUUUUUUUAUUGCAACAACAUUAUCGAUUGCUGUUAUUGUAAUCAAUAUUUAUUUUGUUAUACAAUUAAUUAUUGAUAAAUCCGGUAAUUAUUCAUAUAUUACAUAUCCGGUAACAUUUAUAAUUGGAUCAUUUUAUCUAAUAUUUAUUCUUUAUCUGAAAGGAUGUUUUCUCAGUGUUUUGGGUGUUCGUUUUCAUCAGAAAAUACCGUUGAUUGGAAAAUAUUUUCAAGAAUCAAAUGAAAAAGAAUAUAAAUAUUUGGAUUAAUAUGGAUUAUAUGAAUGGACCACAUCGAUUGGAUUCGAUCACAAAACAGAUUU